GCAGCCUGACACUGAACAUGCAUCUGCUGUCAUCGUCCUCUUCAACACAUCCAGCUCCACCACUGACAUCAAAACUGGUUUUAGUCAAGGAUCCGCAGGCAAAGGAGAAGAGAAUUACAGAAAAGCAGCAGAAACAGAAGACAGAUUAUUUGAGCAGAAAGUCAUCAUGUCUCUUCAAGUGAAGAAGACAGACGUGCGUCUCGUGUUUUUGGGAGCAGCUGGAGUGGGGAAGACAGCCCUCAUCCAGCGCUUCCUCAAAAACACCUUUGAGCCCAAGCACCGGCGCACAGUGGAGGAGCUCCACAGGAAGGAGUACGAGGUGGGGGGUGUCAAAGUCACCAUCAACAUCAUGGACACCAGUGGCAGCUACUCCUUCCCUGCCAUGCGUAAGCUGUCCAUUCAGAACAGCGAUGCCUUUGCCCUGGUCUACGCCGUGGAUGACCCGGAAUCCCUGGAGGCGGUCAAGAGUCUGCGAGAGGAGAUCCUGGAGGUCAAAGAGGACAAGUACACGCCAAUUGUGGUGAUAGGCAACAAGAUAGACCGUCUAAGUGAGCGUCGGGUGUCCAGCGAGGACGUGCUGUCCACUGUGGAGAUGGACUGGAACCAAAGCUACCUGGAGUCCUCCGCCAAAGAAAACAUCAACGUGCUUGAAGCUUUCAGGGAGCUGCUCAAGCAGGCCAACCUGCCCAGUUGGCUCAGUCCUGUGCUGUACCGGAGACGAGAGACCUUCCCCAAGGAGAUCAAAAAAAGACCCCCUUUGAACAAGACCAACAGCUGCCUCAUCUCAUAAUGAUGUGGAGCUGCUCAGAAGGCAACGCCACCAAAAAAACAAAACAUGAAGACAUGCCCACAAGAGACAGGGAGAAAGAGACUGAAAGGACUUUGGUGAUGCGGAGACACAAACCAAGAGACAGUGUUAAAUGUGUCAAGACUCUAAUGAAAGACUAAGAGUUGUAUUUCCUCAUCGGGCUUGAAAACAUCAAACCCCACAACAACACUGGAAGCAAAAAGACGCUGAAAUGAAGAAGGACACCACCUUCAACACGUGAAAGAAUGUUGUUGAACAAGUGUUUGUGGAACAGACGGGGGGAAAACGACUUUCUGGGAAUGUCAAAAAAAAAAAGAUGUAAUAAGUUGUGACAGCGUAGAAGCAGCUUUAUGUAUCUUUAUCCACUACAAGCUCAGUUUUCAGUCAAAUGUAUAUGUGAUAUUUCUUUUUAGGUUAUUUGCGUUGAUGGUCUUGAAAAAGUGCAAUAAGUUUGUGAUGAUUAUUUAUGCAAAAAGACUGUUUACAUAAUAUGAAUAAAGUGAACAAUAGAAGCAGAACUUAAAUUGGAAACUGUAGGUGUUUCUUUCUCUUUCUGUCUUUGGCUAAUACAUUCUCUUUUUUUAUGCGAGUAAGCUUUAGUUUAUAACCAACUUUAUUUUGUAAUUCAAUUCAAAUGGUAUUUUCUUUUUACCAUAACAGACCAAGGUGAUGUCUGGUGAUCUUAUUCAGUGCUUUUUUCAAGGUAAAUAAAGCCAUUUUCCUAUACUUAUACUCCUAUAGUCCCACUGCUUUUCUCAUUCACUCUCCACACAUUCAUUAUCAAUCUCUUCAGGUUAUUUUGUCAUUUUUACUGAUCUGACUGAUACAUGAAAGAAGAGACAAGAAUGAAGUGUUGUCUCAUGGAGCAGUUAUGAUAUUCGUCAGAUUUACAUACAUAAUGUAUUCAUCUAAGUUAAAAAGAGAAGCUUCCGCUAAAGAAAUAAUGACAAUAUUACAUGUGGAACUAACGUUGUAAACUUCUAGUAGGUAUUUAGAAAACUUUAGAAAGAGUUUUUAAAUUUUUAGUUCUUCUGUCACAGCAAUUGGAGACAUCUGUUAUUUGAAUGUAAUAUUAAAUGACUGUAUUUUCCACUCCAAAACUGUAUUGUGUUGACUAAUUGUCAAAAUCUGUUCUUGAGAACAGUGCUGGUCUAACCAGAAAUGUAAGUUUUCAAAAGACUGAAAAAGAAGAACUUGGAUGACCUGUCUGCAUUUUAAGUGAUUGGUGUUGAUUCUACUAAAUGUACCAAACACUCCCUGGAAAGCUGCAUCUUUAUCCUAGUGAAAUAAAGAUAUGGACUUAA